AGCAGACUCGCAGUUAUUUUGAAAACACUCAUCUCCCCACGGUCUUCUCACCAGUGAUGUGUUUACUUUCCCCUCUCGGAGGGGUCAAACACUUGUGAAGGAUGGCUUAUUAAUCCAUGGACCUGGACAUUCCUUCCCUGUCUGGAGACAAAAAGCUUUGUUUGAGCAAAUCAGGUUUGCCUGAAAAAGACAGAGGGAGGGAUGGAAACAAAGGUCCUGGGUGUUUAGGCUCAGAGCAUGGUGAGGAUCUCAGAUUGGCCUCAGCGCUUGUGGGUGCUGCAUCUUUGUCUGUCACCGGGAUGUGGAUCUUAAAGAACCUGAAACACUGACCAAUGUAGAUUAGAUCUGGAUUUUAAACUGGAACUGGAAAAGAUGGAGCAGUAUCUGGUGUUUGGAAGAAUGUAAAGAGGAGUUCUCAGGUUAAUAAUAUGAAUACCUUAAGAAACAAAAAAAAUCCAUGGGUGCUUUAUGAGACAGAAGUACCACACAGCAGGAUUUGUGAUCCAGCCUGUGGAGUAAGUGCUGCAGAGAAACUGACCCCCGAGCACCUGCAGCUCCUGAGAAAUGCAUUUAACCGUCCAAAAGACCGAGCACAGAUACAUGAAAACAUGUCGAAAGGAAGGAGUGGAAGGAACAGAGGAGGAAAUGAAGAGCGUGGAAUGAAGUUUGAAGAGUUUCGGGAAGUUCUUAGGUCUGUGGUUGGUCCAGAUGUUGAGGACACAUGGGUUGAGAGGUUCUUCAGUGAGGUAGAUAUCAGCUGUUCCGGGCAGGUGAAGUGGCAGCAGCUUUGCUCCUACCUGCUUCUGGAAUACACCGAGAGAGAGCGCGCCUCCAUUCCCAGAGCUGCUCCUCUGGACUCCCAGCCGCAGAUCAGACACUGCUCUCAUAACAAGCGGGAGCCAACAGUGCGUAUGGUUGCUGUCUCCCACCCUCCUCCGCUCCGCUAUAUUAGUGUCAGUAAGGGAGGUCAGAUCACUGUCUGGAACAGCAGCCUACACAUCCUUAAAACUCUAGGGCUUGCUGGAGACCCAACAGAGCAAGUUGCCAACACGAGGAGAUUUAGAGGUUGGACCACUGAUGCUGUCUAUAUGGGCAAUGUCCACAAGGUUGCUAUAGCAACUGACUGCAGGGACUUGCACUUUGUGAAUGUCGCCAUGGGCAGUGUAUUUGAGGAUGUCCACCUGUUUGGGUUCCGUAGUGUCCCGAGUGCACUUUGUUACUGGCAUGAUGUUCAGUGUCCAGAGCGACCCUCUCUGCUGCUACUGGGGGAUGAAAAAGGAGGAGUCCACCUCAUGUGGUUCCUGAAUCCAUCUAAAGGACUUUUCAAGAAUCCAUCCAAGGCAGAGAAUGGCCCACAGAGAAUCUUUUUCCCAGACCUCGGCGAACACAGCAACAUGGUGUCCUACCAUCACAUCCCUAACAUCCACCAGGAACCAAUCAACAGAGUGAUGUUUGAGCCCAGCGCCAACGUCAUCAUGACAUCAUCAGAAAGUGACACGACCUCUGUGGUUUUUAUUAAUGUGACACUAAAGCAGGAGCCUUAUGUUUGGUCAUUUAAGCAGGGGGCUAAAUGUUUUGACUACAAUGCCUCUCUGCAGUUGAUGGUCACAGGAGGUUGUGACCGAGCAGUCAGAUUGUGGACUCGAUUUGUGACCACACGUCCCAUAGCUACGCUGCUGGGUCACUGCACCACUGUGUUGGAUGUUGCAAUCUACCAACCUGUUGGGCAGAUCUUCAGCUACUCCAGAGAUGCUGAGCUGAGGGUUUGGGACAUUUCCAGCCACCACUGUCUGAAAACCAUCUGCCUGCAGUUCCCAUGCCAGCAGCCGGGCCGAAUCCCAGAACACGGCAACUUCCCCUUCCUGUUGCUGAGCCCUCCUCUUCCUGAGCACACACAGUCUCAUAUAGUGGUGGGAUGCAAAGAUUACCUGGCACUGCUCAACCUCGCUGAAACGAGAAGAGGAGGAGACGGAUGGUUGACAGAUGAAGGAAAGGAAACUGGACCAAACAUCCAAAGUGGUCCUGCCCUCUCCUGUGCUCUAUAUAACUCCGCUCUGAGACAGGUGGCGACGGGACAUGCCGACUCAUCUGUGUCUCUGUGGGACGUGGAGUCGGGGAGGAGGCGGCUUCAGAUCCUAAACGCUCAUGGAGAAGAUGAGCUCACCUGCAUGGCACUGGACUCCUCCCACAGAAGACUGAUCACUGGGGCUCGGAAUGGCACUAUUAAGGUGUGGAACUUACUAAAUGGCCUUAACUUGCACAAACUGGAGCCCGUCACCAACUCUGAGGUCACCGGGUUGACCUGUCUCCAUGACAACCAGCUGCUGGCUGUGGGGUGGAGCCAGCGGGUCGCUCAGUACGACAUUGCAGCUGCCAAGGAUUUGUAUGUAAGAGCAGACCUGUCGUGGAAGUCCAGCGGCGUUCACAAGUCAGACAUCUUGGCUGUGUGUCAGUGCUCUGCUCUGGGGGUCGUUGCCACGGCGAGCCAUGAUGGAGAGGUUGUUAUCUGGAGGCUGGAGACGCAAGGACCAGUGCUUCACCUACAGAGACCGACACAGAGAGGAGUGGUGCCCCCUGUGGACAGCCUCUUUUUCCUGCAGCAUCGGGCUGUCAACAGGAAGUUGAGAAACAGAGGUGUCCUGGUCUCAUCUCAGGAUGGCUUUCUCUGCUUUUGGAGCAUCACUGGACAGAUGCACACGUAUGGCCAGUUCUAUGCUCCAGAGCAGCCAGGUGAGCGUGUGCUGAGCCUGAGCUCAGAUCAGCCUAAAAACACCAUCCUAGUCUCUGGAGACACAACUGGAUGGCUACAGAUCUGGGACAUCUGUCACUAUGCACUGGACGUCCAGCAUGAGCCAGAUUGUGAGCGGCCUCCUCUGUUGCAGUGUUGGAAGGCUCAUGAGAGAGCGUUAGUAAGUGUGGAAGUCCUGGAGGUUGCCGACAGAUUGUUUGUCCUCACAGCCUCAGCUGACGGCUCUGCUGGACUGUGGACAAAGGACGGAGAUCAUGUGGGUUCUUUCGGGCAGGAAGUGAUGUGGACUAUCACUGAGCCAGCUACUUACCAGAGGAUGCAUCUGCAAAAGAAACUGCCAGGAGACACGGGUGAGACAACUGAAAGUGUCGAAACGGGACUCAGCAAGACCAAAAGUCAAGUACCUAGCCCCACCAACAGGGGUCAAACUUCAGAGGAAGAAUGCUGUUCUGAAGGCAAUCAUUUAUUGCAAACAGCUUCAUCCGCCAGCCCAGCGGAGAAUGACCACGAGCAACCUCAGCAACCCAUGGUAACCUGCAAACACACACAAUCAGCUGCUGAUGAGAACACUUGUUAUUCUCAUCUCACUUGUUUUCUUUCGGUGCAUGCUUAUCCUUCUGUCCAACCAUCGUGUGUGUGUGUGUGUGUGUGUGUGUGUGUGUGUCAGCAUCUGUGUGAGGACUUUUGACAGACAGUAGCUUUAUGUUACCAGAGGAGACAUCUGCUUGAUGACAUCCACCACAGCAAUCACUGUUGAUUGGCUGUUUUCUCCCCAUCAGACUCUGGUCCUGCAGGGGACUUUCGCACUGAUUCCUGGAUCCUUUCCCUUCUCUCCUCCUCCUGCUGGCUUGAUAAAUACCUGAUCUUUAUGUUCUGUUGGUGCCCAGUGACUGCAAUAACAAAUUGUUCAUCUAUUUUUUAUGUACUUCUCUGUUGUUCAAAAAGAAUGCCCAAAAUGUAAAACUUAGAUAAAUAGUUUGGAUGUGAGGACCGAUAUUACUUUUAUUUUUGUAUGGUAAAUAUAAAGAUACAGCCAGUCAAUGAGUUUAGCUUAGCAUAAAACGCAGAAAAGGGGAAAAAGACUGUGGUUCUAGGAGGCUAACAAAAGUGUGUGUGUGUGUGUGUGUGUGUGUGUGUGUGUGUGUGUGUGUGUGUGUGUGUGUGUGUGUGUGUGUGUGUGUGUGUGUGUGUGUGUGUGUGUGUGUGUGUGUGAGACUUUCCUUGACAUCCCAAGAAGGCGUGGAGAUUCCCUUCCCUCUGUCAUCUUGCAGUCUCCUCCUCAUUAAGUAAACUUUCACUCCUCCUCCCAUCCCUUGCUCAUGUCAUCCCUGCUUCAGACUUUUAUCCUCUUUGCUCCUCUGUCAUCUUUUCUUUUCUACAUCUCUCCUCCCUUCUCCCUCUUUUUUUCCUUCUCCUGUCUUUUGCCCACACACACACACACACAAAAGUCUUAAACUUACUCUUUAACACAUUAUAUCUUGUUUAAUUUGUACAAAAACAAAUGUAAAAAAGAAAAACGGGGGAUUAUGUGCCAGACUACUGUAUUUAUUAAGUCUUGUCAUAUCUUGUCAUACUGUGAAACUGCAAGGCAAACAACAAAUACACCCAAAGUGCUGGUUAGUAGAUGUUGUUACCUUUGGAGCCAGGCUAGCUGUUUCCCCCUAUUUCUCGUCAAUAUGCUAAGCUAAGCUAACUGUCUAGCUUCAAAAUGAAGAAUGCAGUUGCCACUCAAAGCAUUAGUAUGUGACUUUUGAACGAGAAAGUGACACAUUAUUUUUCUUACAAAUGAUAAGCUAAACUACUUAAACAAUAAUAAUAAAAAAAAAAAACACUCUUGCUAAAUUCAGCACACUCAAGGGAUUUGCUGCUACAGUCUGUGACUUGGUCUGCCAAUAGUCUAUAUCCUUGAUGUUCCGCUUCCGGGAUUGCUCCGUUGCCGCUGGAAAAUCCGCCGGAUUUCACUCAUUUAGGCCGGAUAUCCGU